GCGUUUAGCCUUCUAAUUGAGUUUCCAAAACCCUAAAAAUAACUUUGUCAUUGACACCACCAUGUCCUUCUGAAUCUGAAGGACUUUUAACAACGAUAUUUUGAAAAAUGUCUUAAAAAAAAAAAAAAAAAACACUAUUCAGUGAAAGUCAAAAUAUCUUCAUGUUCUACAGAAGAAAAACUACAGAUUUGGAAUGACACGAAGGGAAUUAUUUAUUGUUUUUUUUUAUUAAAUGGUCAUAAAAUGCUGACCCACCACUGAUACUUUUCUGUCCUGUGCUUUGGAUAGUCAUGUUUUCUACACGAGUGCCCUUUGACAACACGUGUCAGAUGAAACUAGCCACUGACCACGUGAUCUUCAGCAUUAGGUAAACAUAGUUUGCGUGUAACAGAACAGCCACUUGCAUGUAAAAGCAGCAAAUCAAUGAGGCUACUCGCACGACAACAAAAUCCAUCCCACAAUCUAUUGUCUCACGUGACUGGCUGAGAGAUGUUGAAGCUCCGCCCACUCAAAACAUCACUGUGCUCUGGCUAUCGAUUCUUCAAAGAUGGGUUUAAAAACAUUGACAGACGUCGGCUUGAGGGAAAAUCUUGAUUGGAAUCAGAGAGAGCAGUUCAUGUAUAAAAUCGGACAUGACCGAUUGAUCAUUAAUGAGGAUAAUAAGUAUCGACAGAUGGAGAACUAGUUACUCAGCCAGCAUCUCACAGGACUCUCCGUCACCCUGCUAGUAACUCAAUGCUUGUGUUGCUGUUUGUGCUUCUACAUGUUGAGGAAAAGCAGAACCUGAGCGAGUCUCUUCAGUUAACAGCCGAGUUUCAUUAAUAAACCAUAAAUGCUUUCUCCCAUUAUGGUGAAUUACGUGAUUGUAGCACGUCACACUGUAUCAUGACUGUGAAGAUUUAUUUGGUACCUCAGUGUCCAAAUGACCUGCAGGCCUUUACAGCUGCACGGCACGCAACAAAUGUCAUUGAUUACUUUUUCCAGGAUAUAAAGUUAGCAGCGACCUACAUUUUACAAACCACAGUGUCCAGUUGAAUGAAGAACCGUGUCUUUCAGCCAAUUGUUAAGCAGAUGUAUUUCGAUCAUGAGAAAUCAUGAUUUCUCAUUUAAUGUUUUUAUAGCUUUGAGAGAAGUGACUAUUUCAAAUGGUGAGUACUGUGUUAUUUUUAUUGUAUUAUGUUAUUAGUUUUCAGAUUCAUUUUAAUAGACGGGCUUACAAAUCUCAGUAAGGUUACACAGACGCAUGUCAGCAUGUUUUUGAGCUGUAACCUGUGUUAAAGCACAGGCCAGAUUUGUAUGGAUUUUUUUGUCUGUCCAACUGAGCUCUUUCUCGGUCAUCAGCAGCAGCAGCGAUGUCAAUGUGAGGAUGGGGGACUGGAACUUCUUGGGUGGAAUUCUGGAGGAGGUCCACAUCCACUCCACCAUGGUAGGAAAGAUCUGGCUCACCAUCCUCUUUAUCUUCCGCAUGCUGGUGCUGGGCGUCGCGGCCGAGGACGUGUGGAAUGACGAGCAAUCUGACUUCAUCUGUAACACGGAGCAGCCUGGAUGCCACAAUGUCUGCUAUGACCGCGCAUUCCCCAUCUCCCUGAUCCGCUACUGGGUCCUGCAGGUCAUUUUUGUCUCCUCGCCCUCUCUGGUCUACAUGGGCCACGCUAUAUACCAGCUGCGUGCGCUGGAAAAGGAGCGGCACUACAAGAGAGUGGCUCUUCGGAGAGAGCUGGAAACGAUGGAUGCGGAGUUGGUGGAGCCUCGGCGUCGGGUCGAACGGGAACUGCGACAGCUGGAGCAGGGGAAGCUCAACAAGGCUCCGCUCCGGGGCUCGCUGCUCCGAACGUAUGUGGCACACAUCGUGACCCGCUCUGUAGUCGAGGUGGGCUUCAUGUUGGGCCAGUACCUGCUGUACGGUCACCACCUGCAGCCUCUGUACAAAUGCGACAGGGAGCCGUGCCCCAACGUGGUCGACUGUUUCAUCUCUCGGCCCACUGAGAAGAGCGUGUUCAUGGUGUUCAUGCAGGGUAUCGCCGCAGUAUCCCUGUUCCUCAGCCUGCUGGAGAUCCUGCAUCUCGGAUAUAAGAAACUGAAGAAGGGAAUCCUGGACUACUAUCCUCACCUGAAAGAUGACCUGGGUGAUUAUUACGGCACCAAGUCCAAGAAGAACUCGGUGGUGCAUCAGGUGUGCGUGAGCCAGGGACGUAAAGCCACCAUCCCCACGGUACCCAGUGGAUUCGCUCCACUCCUGGAGAAACAGGGCAACGGACCCUCGUACCCUGCACUUAUCAAUCCCUUGUCCGCUUUUGUUCCGAUCCAGGGCGCAUCGGGUCUGGACAUGCAGAGGGAGAACAAGGAUGUCAUUCUCAGUCCGCUGGCGCGCAACAGCAAUUCCAACAACACGAGCAGUGGGACUCGCUCUCCUCCGGUGCACGAGCAGAUCCCAGCUGAGUCUGAGAGCUCAGUCCUCAUGACGGACACGGCCUCCUGCCCGGCAGUGCUGCGUAAGCAGCGGAGAGUGAGUCCACCCUGGAACUGCAGCACGGUUAUGGAAGGGAAUGGAUCGGACAGCGGAGACUCCAGCAGUGGAGCGGCCGACCAGGGCAUGAGGACUCGCUGCGGCAGGGCCGUCUCCAGGUCCGACCUGAGGAGAGCCAGCCGAAUGUACACGCCAGACUCUGUGGCAGAGCUGAGCUCCGGUUCACGGCACCACAGUUCUGUAGAAAGUCCCACAUUCUCACCCAGUCGACAACGAACAUCCCUGGCCAGCAGCAGCAGCAGCAGCAGCAGCAGACGAGCAGCCGGAGACCUACAGAUCUAAAGCAUCAGUCAGAUACUCUGUCUUCUAACAGUCAUUAAAAGCCAUUCUCUUUCAUCUCUAUUAACACUAGGUCACAUGACAGAUGUCUGUCUCUCAAGUAAGGUUUUGUAUAGGCUUGCUUUGCUGAAGGGUUAGUUCACCCAAACAAAUGAUCCUUCUUUCAUCAUUUACAUGUCUUAGUGUUGUUUUUUUGUUGUUGUUUUAGUUUUUUCCAUAAAAUGAGCCACUGGGAACCAAAAAUGGUUUGUUCAUUCUUCAGAAUAAGUUGAUUUGGAAAGACAUGAGAGUGAGUAAAUGAUGACAAUGAGCUUUUAUUUUUUGGGUGAACUAGCCUUUUAAAUUCUAGUCUUGAAGCAUUAUUUUCUGCCGGGACCCUUAUAGUGGGUUUAAAUAUUUAACGUUUAUAAUGAGGACUCAUGACUGUAUGUUUUUCUAAAUGUAAAUGUUUUUAGCUGAAACCAUCAAUAAUUGACAGACAUCUUACUGUGAAUAGUUGUUUAUAGUACAGAAAGAGGCAUUCAGUUUUGAUGGAAUUGCCAACGGCAGACAGGCAGAGUAUUGAAUACAUACUGUGCAUAAGUUUGUAUACCCCUUUUCGUUUAUAACCCCUUGGCAGAAUUUAUGCAAAUAUGAGAGAAAAUGUCAUACUGAACAAAAAAUUAUGAUCCCUCAAUUUAUUUAUUUUUUUUAAAUCAUCAUCUUGCAGAAUUAGUAAGAGGUAUGCAAACAUAUGCACCAGAUAGAGGUCUCUGAGUCUGGACCUGAACCUGUACCGACGUCUGUUUGUGCUCAGGAUCAUUGUCACGCUGGAGCAGAAAAGAUCCAACACAAACUGGUGGAAUACAUUUAGAAGCACAGAAUUCUCUAGAAUGCCACUGUAGAAUUAAGAUUUUCCCUGCAGAAAUGACUGGAAUAAUCAAACCCAAUAACUGGAAGCGGGUUCUGACUAUCUAAAAGAAGUUGAUUCUGUAUGUACAAUAAGACAAUUAUCUUAUGUCCUGUACAUGAUUCACUACAUCAGUUUAAAGUGUGAACAAAUAUUACCUGAAAUACAGGACAGAAGACUCAAGAGAAAUGUUCUAAUGUAUUGUUUUUA